UAUAUGUUUUAAUAUUGUACACCAAAUGUACAAUGUAUACAACGAUACAAAACUAGUAAAUAAAUAAUUUACUAUAGAAUUACAAAUACAUAAGAGUUCUACGGAUCUCUUUACGGUUUGGACGUUUAAGACUUGUAGUUCCUUUAGGACUACACCUAACUUAAACUUAUGUAUCGAAUUGUGUAUCGUUUACGGCGAAUUUGUGUUUAAUUUCGUGAAGUGAUACAAUUUUUUCCCGUUUUCUUUGCUUGCGGUUGGUUUAUUGCAAAUUUUAACGAAAAUUAGAUUGACAACGUUCGUUUUAUUUUGGUGAGUUAAACAUUUGCAGGUUAAUUAGUUGGUUGAUUCGACAUCAACAAUCAUGCCUUACCGUAAAUCACUUACAGGGAGAGUACAGAGACAAAGAAGUAGAGAAAAUAUGCGAUUGCGUAGAAAACGAAAUUCUAAACAAUGUUUUGCUCGGCAGCAAACAAAACCCACAGUUCGUGAAAAUCCAAUUGAUAUCAUUUCAGACAAUCAAACAACAAUCAAAGAUGAUGUUUCAGAAAAGCCCACACGACUAUUAUUUUUAAUAGAAAACGAAAAUACUAAUAUGAUAACGCUAGAAAAUGAAACUAUAAAACAAGAGCCGGAAGUUACUGACGAAACUUCUAAUAAAGAUGAUUCUACUGUACAAGAAUUUAUAAACGAUGAAAUAGCUGAAACAUAUACCGAGCAGCUGUUAUUAAAAAAUGAAACUACAGCUUUAAAUGCUCAUAAAGGCAUACAUAUGGAUGACCAUCCUUUUGCAUGUGACUUCUGUGAUAAGAAAUUUCCAUAUUUGAGUACACUGAAAAAUCAUCGUCGUUCCCACACUGGUGAAAAACCUUUCACAUGUACUGAAUGUAAACAAAGGUUUUCAGUUAAGGAGUCACUCAAUCGUCAUAGGAGGCAACAUACUGGUGAAAAACCGUUCACUUGUACUAAAUGUAAUCAAAGUUUUUCGCUAAAGAGUUCACUCAAUCGUCAUAUGAAGGGACAUACUGGGGAAAAACCCUACAAAUGCACUGAAUGUAAUCAAAGCUUUACUGCUAAACAGUCACUCUAUCAUCACAUGAAACGACAUACUGGUGAAAAACCCUUCUCUUGCAUUGAAUGCAAUCAAAGUUUUGCUCGUAAGCAAGUGCUCAAUCACCAUAUGAGACGACAUACAGGUGAAAAGCCACACGUUUGCAAUGAAUGUGGUUUAAGUUUUUUUGAAGCUACUCGACUUCGUUAUCAUAGCAAAAUUCAUCUUCGUCCAUUUGCUUGUGAUCAGUGUGACGAAAAAUUCAAAUCCAUUAAGCAACUUCAGCAGCACAUCAGAAUACAUUUGUCUAAUAGAACCGGUGAAGAAGACAUCCAAGAACAGAAAUUUAAAUGCAAAGAAUGCAAUGUUACAUACGUUACGGAGGAAGAACUUGAUAGUCAUUACGACAUGGGUGUUCAUAAAAACACGAAAAAAGGACAAACAGAGGACUGUAUAGUUUGCAACAAAAAAUUUGGUUCAAUUAAAACUCUUAAUUCCCACAUAAUUGAAGUACAUAAGGAGCAACCGCUGACUUUUAAUAAUACUAAAUCUGCACUUAAAUUAAAGAAAAAUCGUUCCAAUUCUUCAUCAACAACAAUGUACGAAUCUAAUGGUCUUAACGAAAAUGCCAAUACAAAUGUCACUAUUGCUGCUAAUGACAGUACAUUAACAGUAAAAUAUGCGGAUCAACAAUAUAUAAUAGAUAAUGUAGCUAAAAAAGAAACAGAAGAAUUGUUAUUAGUAAACGAAGUGUAUACUACAUUACAGAAUGCAAAUAUUAAGACAGAGCCAGUCGACUGCGCAGUCGAUGAUGUAAGAUCAAUGGAAGAUAAUAUUAUUUUACACAAAUUUAUAAAAAAUGAAGUACCUGAAACAAGCACAGAUCAAUUUUUAAUAAAAAAUGAAUUUUACACUGAUAUAACGAUAGAAAAUGAGAGUAUAAAAAUGGAAAAUCAUUCUUAAGAUAAACU